ACAACACACUUUUUUUUAGGUUAUUGUUGUUGCAGACAGGUGCGCCAACUUAACGUCAUUUGAAAAUGUUAUGAGAUGUCUGGCUAAAAACAACCAUCAUCAUCAACGAAUAUGUCCAAAGCUUUAGGCACCGCUCUCGUGGGGGGCGGUACGGGCUUCAUAGGAAGUCACUUAUGUAAGACUUUAAAGUCUCAAGGGUAUGGCGUUACUGUCAUUUCCCGAAUGCCGGGUCCCCAACGUAUGACCUGGAACGACUUGAACCGUGUCGGACUUCCCGAAGGAACAACAGCUGUGAUUAAUUUAGCUGGACAAAAUGUCCUAGACAUGAAACAACGCUGGAACGCCGGCUUUAAACAAAACGUCUUCAACUCGAGAAUCAACACGACUUUAUCCCUGGCCAAGGCAAUAUCAAACGCACAAAAUAAACCCUCAGUUUUUGUGACUAUAUCAGGAGUUGGGAUCUACAAACCUGAUAAAGUCAGAGAAUACGAUGAAACUAGUGUAGAACCAGAGUUCGAUUUUUUCUCACGGCUUUGUCAUGAGUGGGAAAAAGCAGCCAAGCUUCCCGCAGGGCCCACGAGGCAAGUGACGAUACGUAGCGGCGUUGUUUUGGGGCGAAACGGAGGGAUGAUCAAACAGCUCUACUUGCCGUUCUUUUGCGGACUGGGGGGCCCAGUAAUGCCUGGCGACCAGUACUUGCCCUGGAUUCACAUUGACGAUCUUACCGGACUAAUUUUAUUUGCACUCAAGAAUGGGAAAGUUGACGGGACUCUAAAUGGAGUGGCGCCACAAAACAUCACAAAUAAAGAAUUUUCAGACGCUUUUGCGAAGGCUAUGAGACGUCCGGCUUUUUUCCCCGUUCCUAAGUUCGUCCUGAAUGUUUUACUUAAUGAAGAAAGAGCUAAUAUGUUAACUGAAGGACAAAAAGUUUUGCCAAAGAGAACAAUGGCUUUAGGUUUUCAAUAUAAAUACCCCGAUAUUGCGUCCGCAUGUCAACAAGUUGUUACAAAACGUUGAAACUUAUUUAUUUCUAUUUCUUAGAUCUAAUCGUUACAAAAAAUUAAAAAAAAAAUCACAAUUGAAGUGCUGUUAAGAAAUUGUCUCCCAAGACAUACAAAUAAGUGUUUGAAGCAUAAAUCCCUAGAAUUUCAUCAUUUCCAGGUAGAGUAUAAACUUGUUGCUGGGAGCGUGAGUUUACGUUCAUUCCAGUUAUUCUAUUCCUUAACUGAUUGAAAUCAAUCCUUUUAUGUUGGCAAUAAAUAAAAAUAUGUUUUUUCGACUCGCAAAUAACAGCAUAAUUCAAGUCAGGAGAGGUCACAAAAAACUUCAUUUGCUGUUUCGACGCCUGGAAAAUAUAAUGAGAAAAUGUAUUUCAAGUCUUCAACUCACCUGAAUAUAACCCAUAGCUAGCAAAGUGCCUUU